AUACAUCUGGCCAUUGUACUGAAAUAUAGCUGCGAUGUUCGCGUCGCUACGGCUGCUGUCCAGGCGGACCCUGGCUUCACAGGUGUCCCGCAUUCAGAGCAUCGCUCAGGCUCCGGUACGUCAGUUUUCUGCUGAGGCAGCUGCUACAAAGAGCGGAGGGUGGAUAAGUGGAGGAGGAAAGUGGGCUUUGCUGUUCGGUGCAGCAGGCCUUGGAGGCUGGUAUUACGCCAAGGAGAAUGAUUUUGUUGGUGGCGUGACUGGCAAGGCGCCGUCCUCAGCGCCAACUGUUCCCGAUUAUGACAAGGUCCGCAAGGCGAUCUCGGAUCUAAUGGCGUCUGACAAGGCAGAGGAGUACGAUGACGGCUCUUUCGGGCCUAUCCUGGUCCGCCUGGCAUGGCACUGCUCUGGGAGCUAUGACAAAGCUUCCAACACUGGAGGCAGCAAUGGGGCCACAAUGCGGUUCCCGCCCGAGAGCGGCAUCGGUGCCAACAAAGGACUGGACGUUGCGCGCAAGCUGCUGGACCCUCUGAAGGAGCAGUUCCCCUGGAUCUCCUACUCUGACCUGUGGACCCUGGCAGGCGCUGUCGCCAUCGAGGAGAUGGGAGGCCCCGAAAUCCCAUGGAGGCCAGGCCGCACCGACCAGCCAGACGGCAAGAACUGCCCCCCGGACGGUCGCCUGCCGGACGCAUCUAAGGGCGCUCAGCACAUACGAGACAUCUUCUACCGGAUGGGCUUCAACGACCAGGAGAUAGUUGCGCUGAGCGGCGCGCAUGCGUUGGGGCGCUGCCACCGCGACCGCAGCGGCUUUGAGGGCCCCUGGACCAACUCGCCCAUCACCUUCUCCAACGAGUACUUCAAGCUGCUGCUCGACGAGAAAUGGAACAAGAAGAAGUGGAACGGGCCGCUGCAGUAUGAGGACAAGACGAGCAAGGCGCUCAUGAUGCUGCCCACUGACAUGGCACUUGUCUGGGACAAGAAGUUCAAGCCCUAUGUCGAACUGUACGCCAAGGACGACGAAAAGUUCUUCCAGGACUUUGCCAAGGCGUUCUCCACUCUGCUGGAGCUGGGAGUCCCUUUCAAGGAGGAGCUGCCCAACAAGGCCUAAACCUGUGGCGAGUUCAAAUAUACAGAUUGGCGCUGAAACAGUUCCCAUGAGCUGCUGAUCACAUCCCAAUGCCCCAAUGCCCCAUUUCAACAUGCGCACUGCGUGUCAGCAUCCUUGAGAUACGUGCCGCACUGGACAGCAGGAUUUCUCCUGAGCUUUAUCGGCUUCGUCUCUGGCAGGCUUGCAGGUUCUGGUGCAUGCACUGCUGCAAGGGACUGCUGAGACUGCCUUCUGCCACAGCAUCCCACCAUCUUAUCUGGUCGAAGUUUCGCGCAUGUUCUGAGCUUGUUUGGAGCCGCAUGCUUAUGGAUUACAUGCGGUGGCUUUGCUGCAGAGACUGAGUUCUGUAGGGGAGCAAUGGGUGAAUUAGCCUGCUCCCAGGGGCCAGUUGGGGUCAGACAGAAUUGCUACCGGUACCGUGAAGAGGUGCUUCUCUUUUGUUGAAUGUCAGAUCUUUCCUAAGAAUAAGGGAGAAACAAAAGCACUCACUCAGGUUUUGCCAAAGUAUCAUAUCGCACUGUACAGCAUAUAUGUAGCUGUCUUGGGCCCAUCGUGGCUUUCAGUUUUUGGCACAGUGUUGGUUGUACCAGGAUCUGCAGCACGUGUGUAUCAAUACCUCCAUUUGGGUACAGACCUUGACUUUUGGUGUAGUGCUCCUGGGCUCACUGAAUUUUGCAUGAUGCUUGUAAAGAGGUUCGGCGUGAU